GGUGUUGAAAUUUUCAAUAAUGACAGAAGAAGCGGUAAAGGACAUGGUGUUUCCAAUGGUGGUACUGAGGCUAGCAGAGCGGCUGUUGUACAAACUCCUGGCCAACUCUUGUUACAGGACUGCUAUGAAGCUCAAGAGCUACUCUACAAUAUUCUUCUUCAGAAACAACCCAUCUUCCAAUUCCAAACCCUCCAAUCACCUCUCUUCUUUAUACCCUAAUGUCACAAAAUGCAGUUUGCACCACAGGAAAUCCCAAACUUUUGUGUGUGAUAUGCAGGGCACUCUGCUCAGAUCCCACUCAUUCUUCCCAUAUUUCAUGCUGCUUGCCUUUGAAGGUGGCAGCAUUUUCAGAGCCUUCUUGUUGCUCAUCUCCUGCCCUUUCCUCUGGUUCUUGGAUUUUGAGCUCAAGUCAAGGGUCAUCAUCUUUAUCACGUUUUGUGGGCUUAGGUUGAAGGAUGUGGACAGCGUUGGGAGAGCUGUUCUCCCCAAGUUUUUCCUUGAAAACCUUAACCUCCAUGUUUAUGAGGCUCUUGCUUCUGCUGGUACUAGGAUUGUGUUCACCAGUGUUCCUAGAGUCAUGGUUGAAGGGUUUUUGAAGGAGUAUCUGAGUGUUGAUUCUGUGAAGGGCACUGAAUUGCACACCUUGGGGGAUUUCUUCACUGGAUUUGUUUCUCAUUCUGGGUUGCUUGUAAAACAUAGGGCUCUCAAGGAAGUGUUUGGUGAUCAAAUGCCUGAUAUUGGUGUGGGCACUCCCACCCUUCAUGACCACCUUUUCAUCUCACUCUGCAAGGAAUCAUAUGUGGUGAAUAGAGAAGAUAAUAACAAGAUGGGUUCAGUAAUGCCAAGGGAGAAGUACCCAAAACCACUAGUUUUUCAUGACGGGAGGCUAGCAUUCUUGCCGACUCCUCUGGCGGCUCUGGCAAUGUUCAUCUGGCUACCAGUGGGGAUACUCCUGGCAAUCUUCAGAAUAUUCAUCGGCAAAUGCUUGCCGUACAAGGUGGCAGUCUUCCUGGGCAGCUUAAGCGGCGUGAACCUCCGGCUAAAGGGCAGUGACCCUCCGAGAUCGGAGAAGGGGAAAGGCGUCCUCUACGUGUGCACCCACAGGACCCUCUUAGACCCCGUCUUCCUCAGCGCGGCUCUAGACAAGCCGUUGAUCGCCGUCACUUAUAGCCUGAGCAAAAUGUCGGAGCUGAUAGCGCCGAUCAGAACGGUGAGGCUGAAACGGGACAGGAAACGGGACGGGGAAACCAUGCAAAAACUGCUGCGUGAAGGCGACCUAGUGGUGUGCCCGGAGGGGACGACGUGCCGAGAGCCGUACUUGCUGAGAUUCAGUUCCCUGUUUGCUGAGCUGGCCGACGAGAUCGUGCCCGUGGCGGUGGACACGUCCACCGCCAUGUUUUAUGGGACCACCGCUAGCGGACUUAAGUGGCUCGACCCGAUCUUCUUCCUCAUGAACCCGCGGCCGUGCUACCGGAUCCAUAUCCUUGGGAAGGUGCCCCGAGAGAUGACGUGCGGCGGCGGCGGCAAGUCCAGCGUUGAGGUGGCGAAUUAUAUACAGAAACAGCUGGGUGAGGCGCUGGGGUUUGAGUGCACUAAUCUUACCAGAAGGGAUAAGUAUUUGAUGCUGGCUGGGAAUGAUGGGAUUGUUAAUUGAGUAAUUGACCAUCAUAUCGCAAACAAACCUUAUUACUAUUAUAAUAAUUUACCUUACCUUAUUUAGUCCCCUUAAUUAGCUUGUUUAUGGUAUUGUAAUUACUUAUUUUAACUUGAGAAAAUAUAUUAA